AUGGCAGAAAAGAUACAACAGCUAGAGUUAGCUCUAGGAAAGGCUACAGAGGCCGAGACACCGCAAACAAAAAAAGUCCAAAGCGAAGCUACAGCUCCUAAGGAAGCCGCUAAGCCGGAAACCCCUACUAAGACCCUAGCUAGGGACAGGAAUCAGAAACUCCCGAAACCAACGAGAUUCGAAGGAGACAAGAAGAAGUACAAAGUUUGGAGAGCAAAGAUGCAAAACAAGAUUCAAGUAGAUGGACAUCUUGUCGCUCAUGAUCACGUAACCGCAAUUGCCUAUAUCUGUGCCUUCCUCGAUGGAGAACCCGCGCUGUUUGCUACGCAAUGGAGGGACAGGAAUACGGCUUCCCAGGAUACGGAGAAAUUUGUGGCUUUCCUAGAUUCGAGAUAUCGAGACGAACAUGAGGCUGAACGUGCUUACUCUUAA